CUGCAGAUAUCUGCCCUCCCAGUAAAAUCAACUGUGUUGACAAAGCACUCGCUCAGCAACAGAAGAACAGUGGGGACACCUGUCCAUGCGAGACACCCUGUAAUCUCACACGCUACGGUAAAGAGCUCUCCAUGGUCAAAAUCCCCAGCAAGGGCUCUGCUCGCUAUCUUUCCAGGAAAUACGACAAGUCAGAGGACUACAUCAGAGACAACUUUCUGGUCUUAGAUAUCUUCUUUGAAGCGCUGAACUAUGAAACAAUUGAGCAAAAGAAAGCCUACGAUGUUGCAGGUUUAUUAGGUGACAUUGGUGGACAGAUGGGCUUAUUCAUUGGAGCCAGCAUCCUGACAGUCUUAGAAAUACUGGAUUAUAUCUAUGAGGUGAUCAAGCACCGGCUACAACGUCUGCUGAGGCCGCAGAAAGAGGAGAAGAAGAACAAGAACCAGACCAGCACUGUUGCAACAGUGGGUCUCGAGGAAAUAAAAGCAAAGGACCCCAAUGACAUGACACGGAGUCACCCAGAGGGGGCGUACGCCAACACGAUGCUCCCCAACCACCACCACCCUCACCCACACCCUCACCACCAUCACGCUGCACACCACGGGGUGUUUGAGGACUUCGCUUGCUAGAGCCAACCAUCGUUACCAGUCCUGGUGACACCAAAAGAUAAGAGCCGUCUGUAUUGAGAUCAAUAACAGACCCUCUGCAUUUCCGUCGGUCCUUUGCUGUCACCAGUGAAAAGCUACAGCCAAAGUCGAACACCUAACUUGUGCUGCUAACAUAGCACUUGUACGUACAGUAUGUAGGCACAAAUUGGACACCGCUUUUACUUGUUUUUUUCUCUCUCUCUCUGGAUGGGACCCCUCUCAACUUUGUCCAGCUUCAUGUGAGAAGUAAGACAAUUUGUGAUCUCAGGACCAAGUUUUGGUACAUGAUCACUAUAAGGGAACAAGAGGAGGACUGCAUGUCACCAUGAUCCAGUUUAUACUCCCAAAAAAGGAAAAAUAUGAUUUAUUUAUUCAGCUAGCAUCUCUAUUUUCUUUUCUUCCUGUAUUCCUCCAUUUAUCUCUCCUCAAACUAUUCCUCCUACUUCAUGGGAAACUCACUGUACCAUAUCAAGCCAUUACACAUUAUAAAUGAUGUACUUAUUUAAAGAGAUACUAUUAUCUAUAUGUUCUAUAUUGUAUACAAGAUGAAAAUACUUCAUCAAGCAAAUCUUAUCCAUCCAAAAUAUGAGGGGGGGGGGGGGGGGGGUUAUUUAGGCCGGACUGUAUGACCUUGGCUUAGAAGAUCUAGCAGCAUCUUUCCACAUGAUGCACUUUGUCUGGUUUGUGGUUAAGGUGUUAGAGAGUAGCAUUGUGCUUGUACAUAAAGUCCAACUUUAAAUUGAGAAAGUUCUAAAGCUCUGUUUCGAUGGUUGUUAUUUAUAUUCAGUUAAUAUCUAACUUAUGAAAUCUAAAUUUGAGUUAUUUAUACAUUUUAGAAAAGACUUUUAUAUGACAAUAUCAAUCAUGAUUGUAGCAAUUACUGUCCACUUACAAUCUGCAGAUAUGUUAGACUGCCAAACAUAAAUACAUUUGUCCAGGUAAGAAAAAUGGACUGAAUGGAUUGUGACUAUUAUCUCCAUCAUUUCCUUUUAUAUGUCCUGCUUGUUUCAAGACGACACACAAUGUGAUUUUUUUGAUUAUGACAUGGUUGUAUUUUUUUUUUCUGCCCACAAUCCACUCUUUACUUUGGUUAGCAUUAUAACUUUAAGCUGACAUAAGCAAUAAGAAACAGAAUUUAAUUUUUUUGCCGUGUCAUCUCUUUCAGCUUGUGGUCCAGUACCACUGUAAAAGUGUAGCAGCUAUUUACCAUGUUUGUGUGUGUGUGUGUGUGUGUGUGUGUGUGUGUUUCUUCUUGCACACAUGACUGAGCACAUUAGACUGUUUCAACUUGGCUGAGUUGAUCCAUGAAAAAAAGGAAAGUUUGAAAAUCAGAGUAGUUAUCAGGAAAGCUUGAAGUGUUAUUGCAGUAGUAAGGUUUUUAACUAAUAAAUGUAGAGUUAGAACAGCUUCAGUGGAGGAGUUUAAUUUAAAAUUUGCUCUGGUGGCUCUGACUAUUCUUGUUGGUUAACUUAAUCCUCAAUGGGAGGGACAAAGACAUAACAGUUUUAAAGAGCACAAGUUAGCAAAGCGGGAGUAAAAAAUAAAAAAUGGAGACUCUUACAUUGAUUCAUUCAUAAUCAUGUUUGUCAUGAUCAUGAAAGGUCAGCUUGCUCACUUGCCCUUAUCUACUGCAGGAACUUAAUUACAUGUAACCCUUGGCUUCCCGCAACCUGAUCUUUUCAGAACUUAUGGCUUUGGUAUGAGGUUCUUCCUUGUGUUACCCUUUACAAAUUUAUACGUUUUGGAUUUACACUGUUAAAAAGGCAUCAUCUGUACCACCAACUACACUGUGUCAUAUAACCACUAUGUAAUUUUUAUGAUGGGAGAGCUAAGUAAACAGUUAUGGGAUGGACAACAAUGGAAGACUUAGUGCUAAUAUUGGUUUUCUUUCACAUUAAUACUAGCUCCAGGCCUAUUCUGGGGCCAGCACAAGUCAGUUGGUUAUCAGAAAUGGGGCCCAGCUCUUUGAACUGCUUUGUAGUUUCUCAGUUGUUUCUUCUUUUUAAUUUAUUCCCUGCGCUGCUUGACUGUGUGUCAAACGGAUGCUCACAAAUCUUCUUGUCUAACUUUUUGUUUUUAAUAGUUUUCUUACCUGGAUGUCUUUGUGUAACAACCAUUUUUCAAGUGUUCUUCUUUAAAAUACUGGUUUCUCAAUACAGAUGCAGUAGAAAAAUA